CUGUUUCUAUCGGCUUCUCUUCAAAUCUGUCCUGCACUUGAUACAUCCCCGGGAUUUAUAUUGUCAGCUUUUAGCUGUGGGAGAUCUGAAUGCAUUUUAAUACUGACUUCCUUUGACAGGCUUAUCACGAUCCUAUGCUGAAACUCUCCAUCAUGUCCGAGGAGGAACUCACCCACAUAUUUGGGGACUUGGAUUCUUAUAUUCCUCUGCAUGAAGACUUGUUGGCAAGUUUAGGAGAAGCAACGAAACCAGAUGGAACAGUGGAGCAGAUUGGGCCCAUUCUCGUGAAAUGGUUACCAAGACUCCAUGCCUACAAAGGUUACUGUAGCAAUCAGCUGGCAGCCAAAGCACUUCUGGAUCAGAAGAAGCAGGACCGGAGAGUGCAGGACUUCCUUCAGCGCUGCCUCGAGUCUCCUUUCAGCCGCAAGCUGGACCUUUGGAGCUUUUUGGACAUUCCUCGAAGUCGGCUGGUCAAAUACCCGCUGCUCCUGAAAGAGAUCCUGAGGCACACUCCCAAAGACCAUCCUGAUAUCCAGAUCCUGGAAGAAGCCAUAUCUAUAAUCCAAGGUGUCCUCUCUGACAUCAACUUGAAGAAGGGGGAGUCAGAGUGCCAGUACUACAUUGACAAGCUGGAAUACCUGGAUGAGAAGCAGAAGGACCCGAGGAUUGAAGGAAGCAAAGCUUUACUGUGCCACGGGGAGCUGAAGAAUAAAAAUGGGCAUAAACUCUACGUCUUCCUUUUCCAAGACAUCCUGGUUUUGACCCGGCCAGUCACUCGCAACGAGCGUCAGUCCUACCAAGUGUACCGGCAGCCGAUCCCUGUCCAGGAGCUGCUCCUCGAAGACCUGCAGGACGGCGAUGUGAAAAUGGGAGGAUCCUUCCGAGGAGCUUUUGGCAAUUCGGAUAAAGCUAAAAAUAUCUUCCGAGUUCGUUUCCAAGACCCCUCCCCGGGCCAGUCCCACACGCUGCAGGCCAACGACAUCUUCCACAAGCAGCAGUGGGUCAACUGCAUCCGAACCGCCAUCGCCCCCUUCCAGCGGACUGCAGCCGCCGCGGAGCUGCCGGAGCUGCCGGAGCUCAGCGAAGAGUCGGAGGAGAACAACCCCUCCGCGCCCAACGUCAAAGCCCAGAGGAGGCAGUCCGCCAUGUCCGGCGUAACGGAGAUGGAGCUGGACGAGAGCACGGCCGAGUGCGGCUCCGUCCUGGACUCGGAGGAAGCCAAGGGCGUGAAAACGCACAGAACGCUCGCGGGGCACAGGAAAACGAGGGAGAAGCAGCUGAGCAGCAAGCGGAAAGAAACGCUGGUGUAAAGAGGAGCCCGGUGACACCACGGCGGAAGACUGUUUAUUUAUAAAUAACGUGUACAUUUUUCUUGUCAUGUGAGCAUGAUUGGAUUUGCUCUUCUGAACAGAAGUGUCUUUUUUUUUUUAUGUUGUAAUGGCAGCUACUGGUAUACAGUUAACACUGUUGAACUGGAGUCUGUUUUUCCUAAAGCAACCACUUUGACCCUGUUUUUAUGCUCUUAGUCUGUGAUUCAGAAGCCCUCGUGGUUUUGACUGCUUCCGGCAGAUUUUUGAAGAGCACACCUUGGUUUCUGAAAGAUUGCCACGUGGUGAUUGAGGCGGGGAAAUGGUAAACCUAAAGCAGAAGUUGGUGCCGUCACCACGAGCCUGGUGGUGUCCCACUGCAGCGGAACAGUUUGGAUCUGUGCUGCAGGAGCCCUUUUAAAGUGGGCUCGAAAGCUGAAGUCACAUUUUCUUGUUGUCUCGAAUAGUGCAUGUUUUGCAGAGUCUGGUUAUCAUCACCCAUGUGACUUUCCAUCCUUUUUUUAAAAAAAAAAAAAAAAAAGGACAAAAAAUCAGACCCCAGGUUCAACAGGUUCUCAAUUUACCUACUGGAAUCUUUCGUCCUGGUGCGUUCAUUGUACAUUCCUCAUUUUCACUCAUGUAACCUGCCGCAUAUUUAAUUUUUUUUUUAUUAGUUGUUUUUGUUUCCAAUACUUGUUUGGGGUUUUUUGGUUUUCUUUUUGUUUGUUUGUUUGUUCGUUUUUUUACUUUUGUGUUUUCGUCAUCUGCAGUCUUUCAGACUUGGCAUUUCCUUUCAAGUACUUGAUCCUUCUUGUUCAGAGGCGCGCGUGUACAUAAUGCGCCUGCGCUGAGCUCUGGACUCCUGAAAGAGAACUGCGUUGUACGGGGCGUAGGAAGGUUUUGUAGGCACGUUGCAAAGGGUUUGGGGAGGGAAGAAGAGCAGCAGCUGUAGAGGGAAUAGCAAGGGAGUGAAAGUAGCUUUUGUAGUUACUGUUUGUUGAAAAUGAAAUGCCUUCCGUGGGGGGGCCGGGCUGGAGGCAGCCAAGAGGAUAUUGCAUGUGGUAGAAAGGUAGAGAAGAGGAAGCGUCUGCGGCGGAGGAGUUGGGGACGGGAGAGGUAGAAGUGUAUAUACUCGUAACGGCGACACUGCCGCCUUCUAGCAGUCCAAAGAAUUCGUGUGAGAAGCCAGCUGGGAAACUGCCGCGAAGCAUCGUAGGAAACAAAGCGGUACCAGCUCUGAUCGAAGCCAAAGGGUUGCUCCCGCACUGCAGCCGAGAGUGGCGGGGUGAGGACGGCGAUCCCACGCCACCCCUCCUCGAGCCUUGCAGUCACCUGGCUGUGAGGGUUCCUGUCCCUCGCGCCAGUAGUGCGGGAGGUGGGAGGAAGGUGUACAUAGACACAAAGCCGUGUGGUUCUCUGUAAAUGUCUUGUACAGUUUCGAUUGCCAAGUACAAUUAAAUUUGUGACAGCC